AUGGAUUUCCUAGGUAGAGUGGUACGGGAAAUAGAUAAAUUACAAAUAGAUGAUCAUGAUGAGGAGAAGCCUUUUAAUACAAAUUCUUCAACAUCAACUAGUAGUUCCUCUACUACUACUACGACUACAACUACUGAUGUAACAACAACUUCAGAAGAAUCAGGAGAAAAGAAGAAAAAGAAGAAAAAAAAGAAAAAGAAAAAAAAGAGUUCUUCUUCUUCCUUGGAACCAAAAAAUUUAGAAGAAGAUAGUUGUUAUCCUUACAACUAUGGUAAUGUUAUCGCUGUCUACAUUGAUAUAAAGAAACAAUGGAAUGAAGCUAUAUUGGGUAAAUAUUUAAAAGAUGCUGGUUUUAUUAGAGGUACAGAGGUAUCUGAUAGCAACAAGUCUACUCGUAUGCAAUUACAAAUGACUCAAUUAUAUGUUGGAUUUGCAAAAAAGAUAGUUUCGGAAGCAUCACAUUUUAUUGGUGGUCCUAUUGCAACAAAACACCAUGUCAUUGCCACUGGUGAUGAUACUGUCGACUUUGAAAAUGCCUAUUCUAUGAUUGGAUCACAAUUAUUUGAAACAACGUAUAUUUAUCUACCACCGUCCUACACUGUUAUGGCAACUUUGUUCGUAGUGGCAGCAUACUUAUUGGGGUAUCCAGGAUAUGCUAGUGGUCCUAUCCCGAAUAUUGUCAAAUAUGCACUUGUCAGGAUGAAUAUGAUCAUUCCACGCAACAAAUCAGAACUAUGUACCAAGAUUAAACACCUUUUUAAUAUAUACUAUGCUAUACCAGAUCAACAUGGACUGGUUGAAUGGGACAAGUCAAAGUUGACACAAUAUCUCCAACACAACAGCAUCAGACAAUAUAGUACAACUAGAUACCCACCAAAUUCACCCAACUUUCAAUGUAUCAUGGCGAUAUCUAUAUUGAUCAAAGGCUUUAUCAUCAAGAAUAACCCCACCAUCUUUACAAAUGAAAAAGAUUUGGAAUGGGGACUAUCAGAUGGUUCAGUUGAAGAUACACUAGACAGAUUAGGUCGAAUGUCUAUUCCAUUUUGGAAAUCAAGAGAAAAGUGGGCAAACGACAUGCGACUAAAUGUUUUAGGUCUUACGAUUAUAGCAUUUCAAACUGGUGUUGUCAAUUUCGUGUAUCCACCCUUGAUUGAUGAUUGUCUCAAACCAGAGAUAUUACGUAAUUUAGAAAGUAAAAGGUUCCAAUUAGAUGGUAAUAUUCCAACUGCAUUUCAAAAUAUUACUAAUCUUGCAAGUCAAGUUUAA